UGAUGUCAUCACUGGACGCCAUUCCGCAUAGUUGGAUUUGGCCAUUCUUUGAUUUUAUUAACGGGGAGGGGAGAAUGGAAAUAUGUUAAAAGAAAGCUGGUCAGUAAAGCAUUAGGUAGCGAGGUUGUCCAAACAAUGUAGUUUGCUAGUCCUUACGGUUGCAUAACUGUUAGCUAGGUACCUGCUCAUCAGACCGCUAACGUUAUAUUUUUAGCUUGGUACUGUUAGCUAGCUAAUAGUUCCUGCUAACUAAUUUGAAGCUCUGCUUAAACAGAGUCGAUGUAGGAGUAAAACGACGAUUGUUUUCUAUCUGGUGACCUCACAAGAAUUUCCGCUGUUCUGGUGACAGGAAGAAGAUCGGACCCUGAAAUAACUUGUCUUUGACAUAGACUCAUAAUGCAGCACUUCCUGAAGCUCCCAGUGUGGAGGGAGAUCUAGGAGACCUGUGAAUACACAGGAGAGACACCUCACUCUAGUGACAGCUCCAUUCAAUCAUUUUAUUAUUUAGAAAUAAACAUUCUAAGUGCUGAGACAAAAUGAGUUCUGAGAAGGAAACGUUGAUGGAUGAAAUCGAAAAGAGUUUAUGGAAUUUAACUGAGGACAAUUUACGCCACCUGUGUGAACGUCAUGGUCAAGAUGGCAAAGACGGCUCCGAAGUUAGAGGGAUGAAUCAUCGCUUAUUACGGCGUAAAAUCAUGGAGGAAAUGUGGGACAAUACGGAUUCAAUGAAAUCAGAGGAGCAGGGAAUGUCUUGGUUACUCCAACUGAAAGAGGACAUCAGGAGGAUACUGGAGGAUGCUAGCAGCGCACUAAUGAGUCCCAGCCAAGCCGAUGAUGCUGAAGACUGUGACGAAGAAUGGAACGAAGAGGGAGGAGCUAGGUUGCUUAGCAACACACCAGAAAAGAGACCCAUCAGAUCUCACACUGUUAAACAACACACAGUGAAACCUCACCACUGCUCGGAUUGUGGGAAGCAAUUCAUUGUAAAAUCAAGCCUUAAACAUCACCGGCUAGUUUUUCACACAGACCACCCUCACCGUUGUGGUCAAUGUAAGAAAAGCUUCAUAACUGCAGCAAGACUGGAAUCGCACAUUAAAACACGACACCCGCCAAGUGAUCCUCUGAAGAACCCACAUGUGUGCUCUAAAUGCGGAAGGGCAUUCCCUGUGGCUGCCAGUCUUAAGAGACACCUGAGAACUCAUACUGGGGAGAAACCGUACGUCUGCCCUCAGUGUGGAAAGGACUACAGUGACUGUGGAAACUUGAAGAAACACAUGAGACGAACUCACCCAGGAGAGGAGACGGUUGUGGAGAGUUUCGCCACUCAGAGGAGCAUCCCUACAGGAAAUGUGGAGGGAAUGCGUGACAAUACGGAUUCAAUGAAAUCGGAGGAGCAGGGAACGUCUUGGUCACUCCAACUGAAAGAGGACAUCGAAGGGAUACAGGAGGAUGGUAGCGUUGUACCAAUGAGUCCCAGCCAAGCCUAUGAUGAUGGUGCUGAUGAUGAUGAUGAUGAUGCUGUAGCUGUAGACUGCAACGUUGAGGACCGGGAUUGGUUGCCUAGCAACGGACUGAAGGCGGAGCCCAUGAGUCCCAGCCAAUCCGAUGACGCUGCAGACUGGGACGAGGAGGACAGGGAUUGGAUGGCUAGCGAUGGGCUGGAGGUGGAGUUAUCUCCAGAGAGGGACACACCAGAGCAGAGAGUAAGAGGGGACAGGCCUCCCCCGCCCCCCUCUGCCCUCCCAGAGUCCCCUUGUCGUGCCUCUCCCGGUAGUGCCUUACUGUGGGGUCUGAAGAGGGUGUCUGUGCGGCUGGUGGACUGCAGGAAAACACCGGGGCAGAGUGGCCAUAUAAUACACAAGACAACACAGACAGGAGAGAAACCCCACAGCUCGUCUAAUGCUGGACAACACAAGACCCUCUCAGGAGACAGGCCUAGCUCCCAUAUCUGUGAUCACUGUGGGAAGAAUUUUGUCACAGCAACCAAUCUGAAAACACAUUUACUGUAUCUGACUGGAGAGAAACCACACGUGUGCUCUGAAUGCGGAAAGAGAUUCACACAGGCCGGCUGUCUUAAGAGACACCUGAGAAUGCAUACUGGGGAGAAACCGUACGUCUGCCCUCGUUGUGGGAAGGCUUGUACUGAUUCUGGAAACUUAAAGAGACACAUCAGAAAAACUCACCCAGGAGAGGAGGUAAUUGUGAAGAGACUUGCCUAUCAGAAGAGCGUUUGUAAUGCUAAAGAACGCAAGCAAACCCACUCCGGAGAUGGCUUCCAUAUCUGUGAUCACUGUGGUAAGAAUUUCACCACAGCAAGAAGUCUAAAACUACACACACAGUCCCUGCAGAGAAGGAGAGAGAACUUGAAUGCAGAGAAAGCUCACGUGUGCUCUGAAUGUGGAAAGGGCUUCCAUCAGGCUGGAAGUCUUAAGAGACACCUGAGAACUCAUACUGGGGAGAAACCGUACGUCUGCCAUCAUUGUGGGAAGGCUUGCAGUGAUUCUGGAAACUUACAGAAACACAUCAAAAGUCACAUGGGGAAACAACACACAGUGAAACCUUACCUCUGCUCUGAAUGUGGGAAACAAUUCAUUGGAAAACAAGGCCUUGAACAUCACCGGGAGGUUUUUCACACAGAACACCCUCACCGCUGUGGUCAAUGUAAGAAGAGCUUCAUAACUGCAGCAAGAUUGGAAUCACACACAAAAACACGACACCCGCCAAGUGAUCCUCUGAAGAAUCCACACGUGUGCUUGGAAUGUGGAAGGGGAUUCCCUGUGGCCGCCAGUCUUAAAAGACACCUGAGAAUCCAUACUGGGGAGAAACCGUACGCUUGCCCUCAGUGUGGAAACGGUUACAAUGAUCGUGGAAACUUAAAGAAACACAUGAGAACUCACACAGAAGAAAAACCUUACCACUGCUCGGUGUGCGGGAUGAAGUUUCGUCAUACGAAAACGUUACAACGGCAUCACCAGGAGAACCACAAGGGGGAGACACUGGGUCCCAUCCGCAAGCAUCAAGACCCUCUUCCAUGCGCCCACUGCGGGGAGAAGUUCUCUACCAAGGCUCUUCUAAAGGAUCACCUACGGACCCACUCUAGCCGGGUCCACUGCUCCCAAUGCGACAAGACCUUCUCCACUAAAAGUAACUUACUGGUUCAUCAGAGGAUACACACUGGAGAGAGGCCUUACCUUUGCCCUCAGUGUGGGAAGAGUUUUUCUCUGGCAGGGAGUUUAAAACUUCAUCUCCGGAUUCAUGCGGGUGAGAAACCUUACUGCUGUACUUACUGUGACAAGAGAUUCACAAGUAAGAGCCACUGCAAUCUUCACCUGCGAAUCCACACUGGAGAGAAGCCGUACCAGUGCCCUGACUGCGGGAGACAUUUCGCUGACGGGAAUGUCCUGAAAAACCACCGGCGGACCCACACAGGAGAGAAACCGUUCCAGUGCCGCUUGUGCGAUAAAGCUUUUGCCCAGUUGAGCAGUCUGAAGAAACAUCAGGAGACACACAGGCUAACUCAGCCUGUCUCUGUCCCAAGACUCCCUAAUCCCUAUCUACCACACAAUCAGCAUGUACCUUAUCCCUACCCACCACAGACUCAAUGGUAACCUGGUUUACACCAGUCCAAGAUAGGAUGAUGCAUUUCUAACAUAUUGGGACAGGACCCUAGACUCAGUCCAUCCCAAAACCCUACCUACCACGCACUCAAUAAAUGGUAAGUUUCUUAAACCUGUCCCAAUCCCUUUUAGUUAACUAGAUGGAAGGAUCCAUUUAUUUUAUUUUUAUUUGUUAUGAUUUUAUUGAGACGGGUUAGCAGUCGAUGAGGAUUGAUAUACUGUAUAUAGAUCUUGGAAUAGAAUGGUAUUUUGUCCAUCUGUCUCAAACUAAUUAUAUAUUUUAGCCCCAAGAGUUUUUGUGUUAACAGUUGAUUUUUGGAUACGUUGUCCAUUUUUUAAAAGGUGUUUAAAAUUCAUGGCCGAACCUCAACUGGUAGAAAUAAAAUGGUGACAAGGA